AUUAUAACAAAAGCAGUCAGUUAAUACUUAUACUUCGGUUGAGCCGCUUGUUUAGCGCUUGUUGGCUAUAAAGAUUUUUCUCUAUAUUGUGUUUGAUUAUGGACUCACCAACGCAAAAUCAUAAAACUUAUUUAGUGAAUCACGAGGAGAACUCCCAACAACCACACACUGCCAAUCCGCAAAUUGAAGUAACAAUGCAACCGGGUCCCAACAAUUAUCAAGGUUUCCCGACUUCGGAGAAUGAUGGAAAAAGUGUGAUUGAGAUUUUAGCAACAGCCGUCUCAAUCUUACUCAUGAUUCUGACUUUUCCCAUUUCGAUAUUUAUAUGCUUUAAAAUAGUAACAGAAUAUGAAAGAGCGGUUAUAUUUCGUAUGGGUCGUUUACGCAGUGGCGGUGCUCGUGGACCUGGGGUUUUCUUCGUUUUGCCAUGCGUCGAUAGCUAUUUUAAAGUAGACUUGCGUACAGUAUCCUUUGAUGUACCACCUCAAGAAGUACUGACCAGAGAUUCAGUGACAGUAUCUGUCGAUGCUGUAGUCUACUAUCGUAUAAACGAUCCACUUAAAGCUGUCAUACAGAUUUCGAAUUAUAGUGAAUCCACACGAUUAUUGGCAGCAACUACAUUACGUAAUGUACUUGGAACACGAAAUCUUUGUGAAGUAUUAGCAGGUCGUGAGAUGAUUUCACACACAAUGCAAGUAUCUUUGGAUGAGGCCACAGACCCGUGGGGCGUUUUAGUUGAACGUGUGGAAAUUAAAGACGUUUCACUGCCAAAAUCUAUGCAACGUGCAAUGGCUGCUGAAGCUGAGGCAACUAGAGAUGCUAGAGCUAAGGUUAUUGCUGCUGAAGGUGAAAUGAAGUCAUCACAGGCUUUAAAAGAUGCCUCAGACAUUAUAUCGUCCAGUCCUGCUGCAUUACAGUUACGUUAUUUACAAACUCUUAGUAGCAUUUCUGCUGAAAAGAAUUCAACAAUUAUAUUCCCGUUACCAAUAGAGCUUUUGAGACCCUAUAUGGGCAAUAACACAUAGUUAUGUCAAAAAUAUGUAUAAUGUAUAAAGAAGCAUAUAAUGUAUAAUAAAU